AUAAAAGAAAGUUUUACAACAAACUUCUUAUAACAUAUUAAAUAAAUUAUCGAAAAUAAUAAGGUAAGAUUUGAAUCUCCCCGAAAUAAUUCCAAAAAUCUGAUAACGUUCUUAAACAAUAACGAGUUAUUAUAUAAAAAUCAGAUUUAAACGAUUUAACUCAUUAAACCUGUCAAAGAUAAUAAUAAUAAUAACACUCAAACAAUCAGAUUAACAAAGAAUCAUCGUUACAAGAACCAUAUAAAUACCCAUGACAAAACAAAUUAAUUCUUAGUUCUACUUUCAGAAUAAAAUGAAAGAAUUAUUAUUUCUCAUACUUUUUGUACCCGGUUUUUUAGCCGAACCGGUUCGUUACGAUGGAUUUAAAGUUUUUAAAAUAAUCCCUCAAAGCGAGCAACAAGUUGACACUUUGAGACUUUUAGAAGAAACUUUACCGUCGUUUAAUUUCUGGAGGAGCCCAGCUGCGGUUAAUAGAAGCGUUGAAAUAAUGGUCCCCCCAUUUCUAAAGUACGAUUUCGAAGAUUUCCUCAACACCAACAAAAUCGAUGCUGAAGAAUACAUCGAAGACGUACAAAAAUUAAUCGACAAUGAAAAACCAAAAGUGCAACCGCGCGCUUUUGGAUGGACAAGUUAUUACAGAACUAACGACAUUUAUAAUUGGAUGGAUGAUAUGGCGAGGCGUUUCCCGUCGUGGGUUCGUGUAGUCGUUGGGGGGAGAUCCCAUGAAAAUCGCGAAAUCAGGGGGUUACAUAUUUCUUUUUCGAGAAAUAACGAAAACAACGCCGUUUUUCUCGAAGGGGGAAUUCACGCCAGAGAAUGGAUUUCUCCGGCUGUUGUAACUUUCAUCAUUAAUGAACUAUUAACAAGCACUGAUAGUACUGUGAGAGCGAUGGCGGAAAGAUACGAUUGGUACAUUUUCCCAAUUUUCAAUCCAGAUGGUUACGAAUGGUCCCAUACAAGAAAUCGUAUGUGGAGGAAAACUCGAGUUCCUUACGGAAUUUGUACAGGAGCUGAUCCAAAUCGGAAUUGGGAUUAUAGAUGGAACACUGGAGGAGCUAGUAACUUCCCUUGUAUGGAUACUUUCGCUGGACCGCGCCCAUUCUCUGAGCCAGAAACGAAAUCCAUGUCUGAAUACAUUAAAAGCAUUAACUCAAAAUUAAUUGCAUACAUUACUUUCCAUUCAUUCACGCAAUUAUUGCUUUACCCCUAUGGACAUACAAGAGAAAAUUUAGAUAACGCAGCAGAACUUCAAGCUGUGGGUGAAGCAGCUGCUCGUAGUUUAGCAAGACGUUAUGGGACUCAAUUUAGAGUUGGAAAUGUAGCUGCAACAAUUUAUAUAGCCACUGGGGGAAGUAUGGAUUGGGUUAAAGGCGUUUUUAGAACAAGAAUUACUUACACUUAUGAAUUACGAGACACUGGAAGACACGGAUUCCUCCUUCCGGCUGAUCAAAUCAUUCCAAGUGGUGAAGAAACCAUGGAUUCUUUAGUAACCAUCAUGGACGAAUUUAAUCGGUUGUAAAAAAGUUUAAUAAUAAAGUCUUGAAUUGCUUUCAUCCAAAA